ACAUAAGAAGAGAUUCGUAGAAGUGGGAAAAGUUCUAACAGAAUUCCCACUGCUUCCAAACCCAAAAUUUUUAAUUUUUUUCUGGGAAUGUGCAGUUCAAGAUAAGAUAGCUUUACACGUUUCCCAAUUCAGCAAUCCAUUUCUGCAACCAAAAACACAAAACACUCCAUCAAUUUAUAAAGUCGAAGCAAUUUGAAGAAAUCCCAUCACUCAUUUCACCUCCAAUCCUUUUAAAAACAGGGCAUUCAAUAUGCAGGAGACCAAUAAUUCUCGAGUCAACCAACGAAUUGCAACAAUCUCGGCUCAUCUCAACCCACCCAGUUUUUCCCACAUGGAGGGUAGUUCGGGUUUGGGUCGAGCUGACUGCCGAGCCAAAGGUGGGUCAACUGGUUUCAAGGUGGCGAUUUUGGGAGCGGCAGGUGGGAUAGGGCAACCGUUAUCAUUGUUGAUGAAGAUGAACCCUUUGGUUUCUGUUCUUCAUCUUUAUGAUGUGGUUAACACUCCUGGUGUUACUGCUGAUAUUAGCCACAUGGAUACUGGAGCUGUGGUACGUGGAUUUCUGGGGCAACAGCAAUUGGAGGAGGCUCUAACAGGAAUGGACCUUGUAAUUAUUCCAGCUGGAGUUCCUAGGAAACCUGGAAUGACAAGGGAUGAUCUUUUCAACAUCAAUGCUGGAAUUGUUAAGACACUGUGUGAGGGAAUAGCUAAGUGCUGUCCCAAUGCUAUUGUCAAUUUGAUUAGUAAUCCUGUUAAUUCCACCGUUCCGAUCGCCGCAGAAGUUUUCAAGAAAGCUGGCACCUUUGAUCCAAACCGACUUCUGGGAGUCACAAUGCUUGAUGCUGUGAGAGCCAAUACGUUUGUGGCAGAAGUCAUGGGUCUUGAUCCGCGGGAGGUUGAUGUUCCGGUUAUUGGGGGACAUGCAGGGGUUACUAUUUUACCUCUUCUAUCUCAGGUUAAGCCUCCAUGCUCUUUCACCCAAAAAGAAAUCGAUUAUCUGACAAACCGCAUUCAGAAUGGUGGUACAGAAGUCGUUGAGGCAAAGGCUGGUGCUGGGUCUGCAACAUUAUCGAUGGCAUAUGCUGCGGUUCAAUUUGCCGAUGCAUGUCUUCGGGGCUUAAGAGGAGAUGCUGACAUUGUUCGAUGUGCAUUUGUGGCUUCUCAUGUGACUGAAUUGCCCUUCUUCGCAUCCAAGGUAAGACUCGGUCGUUGCGGAGUUGAGGAAAUAUACCCUCUUGGCCCACUAAAUGAGUAUGAGAGGGUUGGCUUGGAGAAGGCAAAGAAAGAACUAGAAACUAGCAUUGGGAAGGGGGUUGCCUUUGUCAAGAAAUGAAUAGGUACUCCAAUACCCCCAAAUCUACCUUUUCUCUGAUAACCAAAGUUUGUAAGAAUAAGGGGUAACUCUCCUCUUUUGUUCUACAUAAACCCUUAGUCAUGGGGUUCCUAGAUGUGACCCAACAUGGCAAAUAUGGACCAUGGUAAAAGAUUCAUGUAAUAAAUAGAAGAAAUGGUUUGUAAACUUUUCAUUUAUUUCAUUUCUUAUUCUAAUAUAAUCAAACAGAAUAAGUUAAAUCGAGCAAA